GUCGUGAUGUUACUUUUCAUGAAAAUGUUUUUCCAUCUAGUGUUGUGACCACUGAUGCCUCCACUUUGUCCCUUCCGCUUCCUAUUUCAAAUAUUGAUUUUCCCUCAAUGGAACAAGCUGAUUCCUUGUCUUCACCUGCAUCACCUACAAAUGAUAUCAUUUUACAUCCAGCCUCCAUUACAACUGACCCUCCACCAACUCCUCCUAUUGUUCCCAUAGUAGAAUUGAUACAUUCUCAACGACGGACCCAAAUACCAUCAAGGUUUAAGGACUAUCACUGCUUCAACGUGCUUCCUCAAUCAUCUUCUCCGGCUUCAGCUGCUAAGUUUCCUGAGUGGAGGGAGGCCAUGCAGACUAAACUUAAUGCCUUAGAAGACACUCACACAUGGUCUCUUGUUUCUUUGCCUGCUGAUAAACUGCCGAUUGGUUGCAAAUGGGUUUAUAAAAUCAAAAGGAAAUCUGAUGGCAGCAUCCAUCGAUACAAAGCCCGUCUUGUUGCUAAAGGUUAUACACAAGUUGAAGGUAUUGAUUAUCAUGAUACUUUUGCACCUGUAGCUAAGCUUGUGACAGUUCGGGUUCUUUUGGCUAUUGCUGCUAUGAAACAAUGGUCCUUACAUCAAUUAGAUGUUCAGAAUGCCUUUUUCCAUGGUAGUAGUCCUCAACUAAUCAACCAGGUGAAAGAAUUCUUAUUUAGUCAAUUUCGCCUUAAGGACUUAGGUCCUCUCAAAUAUUUUUUGGGUAUUGAAGUUACUUCUUCCCCUCAAGGCCUCUAUCUUUCUCAACAUAAGUACACUAUUGAGCUUCUUAAUGACGCUAGCCUUCUUGGAUCUCGAACUGUUGAUACACCUAUGGAGCAGAAUCUGAAGCUUCUUCCUUCUGAUGGUUCUCCUCUUAUUGAUGGUUCCAUGUAUCGUCGUCUGAUUGGUCGUCUCAUAUAUCUCACCAUUACAAGGCCAGAUAUCUCCUUUACAGUAAACACAUUGAGUCAGUUUCUUCAGUCUCCUCAGAAAUGUCACUUGGAUGCAACACAUCGAUUGCUUCGAUAUUUAAAGAAAACCCCAGGUCGAGGUAUUUUACUUUCUUCUAAGGGCUCUCUCCAGUUGACUGCUUUUUGUGAUUCUAAUUGGGCAAGUUGUCUCACCACUCGACGCUCCACCACCGGUUACUGCAUCUUUCUUGGUAAUAGUCCUAUUUCUUGGAAGAGUAAGAAGCAAAACACAGUCUCUCUUUCUUCUGCUGAGGUUGAGUACCGUGCCAUGGCCACCAUAACUAAAGAAAUUAUCUGGUUGCAUAGCUUAUUGUCCACCUUUGGCAUUCAACUCCCUACUCCUACUCCAUUAUAUUGUGACAAUCGAGCUGCCCAUCAUAUAGCUACUAAUCCUGUUUUCCAUGAAAGAACAAAGCAUCUUGAGAUAGAAUGUCAUGUUGUUCGUGAGAAAUACCAAGCUGGUCUUAUUCUUCCACUCUCUAUUGCUUCUGCAGAUCAACCUGCUGAUAUCUUCACAAAGGCAUUAGGCAAAGAUCACUUCUUCUAUCUUUGUGACAAGCUGGGCAUUCGGAAUUUUCAUGCUCCAGCUUGAGGGGGAGUAUUGGAGAUAAUUAUGGAUUGCAGAUAAUUUUGAUUUUAGUAUAUUUGGUAGUUAUUUGAAAUAUUUGGUAUAUCUGAAAUAUAUUUGGCAUAUCUGUACUUAUCUCAUAGAAUUUCUUAGUUAUUAUUUAGUAGGAUUCUCAGCUGAUUUAGCUCAGUUGAUUUAGCCGCCUUUUACUCUAAUCUCUUGUAUAUAUGAUGUACUGAUCUUUUUCAAAGUAAUAUACAGAAAUAGUAUUCCAUUCAUAAACUUAUCACAGUUCUCUUCACCUCAUUUCUUAUUCUUCAUCGUUAUGCUUGUAGGCUUGUAUUUGGGACUUUACAAUUAUGAGUCCAUCCUUCCCAUUUGGGUAUAACUUUUUUUUUUAUCUCCAACUUGUUGGUAUAUUUUCUGCAUUAUACUUCAAGAAGUGUCGUUCCUGAGAAAGGUAUUACUUUUAGACAAUCGUAUGCUUUCAUAUCCCUUCCCAUAUUUUUUUCUACUAAAAUAUUUCUCAUGAUUCUGUUUUGAGUUAGCAAAGGAUGGAGAUGAGUCGCUGAUGACGUGGAACUGGAAAUAAAGUACUGUGAGGGGAAAGUUCCUUAUUAUGUAAUAUAGCUGUCUGUAUGCAAUACAUUUAGUUAUGAUAUGUUCUGCCAUUAAACUAAGGAGUAAUAAACAUUUUAAGUUCUGCUUGUCUUUUUAAUAAAAAUUCUGAGUUUUA